AUGAAUGACACUGAUUUAGCCUUGGCAGUAUGUAAUGGAUAUAGACCUGAUAUAGAUAAGGAAAUAGAGAAAGAAUACAAUACUUUCUCCCAAAACACUCCUUACCAAAUUCAUCCUAAUGCCACCACUACUAGCAAAAUGAUAGAUACUAAACAAAUUACUCAGCAAUUAGAAAAAUUAAAAACUAUUGAAGAAUAUCACACUAAGGCUUUGGAAGAAUUAACUUUGGAUAAUAUUAAUCUUGAUAAACUAAAUAUUCAAGAAGAUCCCCAAGAACAAUCUUCUCACCAAGCCCAAAUCCAACAACUCCCCAAAUAA